UUUCAACAUGCUUGUCAAGUCGCUUUCACAAUAAUUAGUAAUAAUUCUAGUAUUCAGCUUGUAGUAUAAAAUCGGUUUUUUUCUUAACGGUAAGAAUUGUUAGUUUUGUAUACAAAAACAAUUGACAGUUUACUUGCAUAGGUUGGGUGUUAAAGAAGAUAUAAAAAAAGGAAAUAUGGUCGUGCGGCAAUAUAACGAGGAGUUGAAAUAUUUAGAGAAGGUGAAUCCACACUGUUGGAAGAUUAAGAAAGGCUUCCAACCUAAUAUGAAUGUUGAAGGUGUAUUCUAUGUUAAUAAUACACUUGAAAGACUAAUGCUGGAAGAAUUGAAAAACUCCUGCCGGCCGGGUAUGACAGGUGGAUUUCUUCCUGGUGUAAAACAAAUUGCGAAUGUGGCAGCUCUUCCUGGGAUCGUUGGUCGAUCUGUCGGUCUUCCAGACAUUCACUCUGGUUAUGGAUUUGCUAUUGGUAAUAUGGCAGCAUUUGACAUGUCUAAUCCAAAGUCUAUUGUGUCUCCUGGUGGAGUGGGCUUUGACAUAAAUUGUGGUGUUAGACUUUUAAGAACUAACCUACAUGAGAAGGAUGUUCAACCCAUAAAGGAACAAUUGGCACAGAGUUUAUUUGAUCACAUACCUGUAGGAGUGGGGUCUAAAGGAAUAAUACCAAUGAAUGCAAGGGAUAUGGAAGAGGCCUUAGAAAUGGGAAUGGAUUGGUCAUUAAGAGAGGGCUAUGUUUGGGCUGAAGACAAAGAACAUUGUGAAGAGUAUGGAAGAAUGCUAAAUGCAGAUCCAUCUAAAGUAAGUCUAAGGGCAAAAAAGAGAGGUCUGCCACAACUAGGAACUCUAGGAGCUGGCAAUCAUUAUGCAGAAAUCCAAGUGGUUGAUGAAAUUUAUGAUAAAUUUGGUGCGGGAAAGAUGGGGCUAGAAAGAAUUGGUCAAGUUUGUGUUAUGAUCCAUUCAGGUAGUAGAGGCUUUGGACAUCAAGUUGCUACUGAUGCCUUAGUACAGAUGGAGAAAGCCAUGAAAAGAGAUCAAAUAGAAGUGAAUGACAGACAGUUAGCCUGUGCUAGGAUAAACUCAGUUGAAGGUCAGGACUACUUAAAAGCAAUGGCAGCUGCUGCUAAUUUUGCUUGGGUUAACAGAAGUUCAAUGACAUUCUUAACCAGACAGGCAUUUGCAAAACAGUUCAAAAUGUCUCCUGAUGACUUAGACAUGCAUGUUAUUUAUGAUGUUUCUCACAAUAUAGCUAAGAUGGAGGAGCAUAUUGUUGAUGGAAAAAUAAAAACUCUUCUUGUGCAUAGAAAGGGUUCCACCAGAGCUUUCCCUCCACAUCAUCCAUUAAUACCUGUAGACUACCAGUUGACCGGCCAGCCUGUUUUGAUCGGAGGAUCUAUGGGUACUUGCAGCUAUGUCCUCACUGGAACCCCACAAGGGAUGACUGAAACUUUUGGAUCCACUUGUCAUGGAGCAGGACGAGCACUGUCUCGAGCCAAAUCUCGGCGGAAUAUAGAUUAUAAGGAAGUUUUAGGAAAGUUAGAGAGUUUAGGAAUAUCUAUAAGAGUUGCAUCUCCAAAGCUUGUCAUGGAGGAGGCACCAGAAUCUUAUAAAAAUGUGACUGAUGUAGUCGACACCUGCCAUGCUGCUGGAAUCAGCAAAAAGACUGUCAAAUUACGACCCAUUGCUGUCAUAAAAGGAUAGAACCUCAUUAUCUGUAAAAUUUCACUAAUAUAAACAUAUAAAUUGUGCAUUUUAUAUUAUUGUUUAGUAUAAUUAUUGGGUGUCAUUAUAUAUCAAAGAAAGUACAAUGUGUAUAAUAUUUAAUUUUAUUUAUUUAUUUCAUUUAACAAUAUUUUAAUACUGUAUUUAAGCAGACUAACACUGGAGGUAUUUAACUACUAGUAACUACUGUUUUGACUGAUAAUUAUUCUACAUCUACAUAAUUCUCAAUUUAUCAGCUAUUAUUACUAGAAGUGCGGUUCCUAGGAAGAACAAACCAGAAGGUAACACAGCUGUAGUGUAAUCAACUUCAUCUGCAACAAAUACUUUGAUUGUAUAUUUGAUUAUCAAAUCGUGUUAUUUGAAAAUUUGUACUCUAAAAGCAUUAAUUAAAACUGCUUGAUGUAUCUAC